AUGUUGAAGAGCAAGGCAAGUAAAUUCUUGAAGAGAAUAACAUUCGUAUUGGCAUCAAUGGCCAAAGCUAAAACAUUAGCUCUCAAGAACAAAACUAAUGCUCUAAGAACAAGAUUUAUGAUCUUUUCUUUACUCAGAGACAAGAAGCUUCUCAUGACCUCCAUUUCUCAUAAGCUCCAAGCUUUGAUGGGUCAGCAAGAACAUGACCAAAAACAAGAAGAAGACGCUAGCAUUGAAGAUCAAAGCAAAGCUAUUGUUCUCUACAACCACAGAACCAUGGCCAUCUCUAACCCUAGCCAAACCCAGCUACUAGAGAAUGGAGAAUACUUCUACGGCUACGGCUCAUGCGGAUUUGAAGAAGGAGAAGAUGGUGAGGAGAAAUUUCCUGAUUUGACACAUUCUUUAUUUGAUUCUGAAGAUGUUGAGUUUGAAGAUCCCGGAGGGUCGGUGAUAGAUUUGGUGAAGAAUUCAAAGAAAGAGGGUGAGGAAUUUAAGUUGGAAGAUGAGAUAGAUCAUGUUGCUGAUUUGUUUAUUAAGAGAUUCCAUAGACAGAUGAGGAUGCAGAAGCAGCUUUCCAUAAAGAGGCAUCAGGAGAUGCUCGACAGAAGUGCUUAG